CAUAUCCUCGACACACCCACGCAACAAUAUUCACUCUCUACUCUUAUUCUCCCCUCCCCUCCCCUCCCCUUCAUCAUCAUCGUCGUCAUCUUCCUCGUUACCCUCACCACUUACAAACACAGAGAGAGAGAGAGAGGAGUUCUUCGGGAACUGCCCAGCAAAUCUUUGCAUGUUGCGUAGUAAAUCUCCAAAGCGAUCGAAAUCCCGGCUUACGUUAGCCCCAUAAGAUUUUGUACCCAUCUCUCUGGUUUUUUCUUAUCCGUUGGUUUCGUUUCCUUGUGUAUAAAAGUGGCCCAGAGCCGAUCGAAAGAGAUUGAUUACGGCGAGGAGAUAUGGCCGCGAAGAUGCUGCUGAGUUUCGCGAUUUGCCGGUUAAUCGUGACCGUCGGGUUGACCCUGAACCCGGUGGAGCUCCUCCGGUUGGGGGUCGACGGCCGGCUGAGCCAGGACCCCUCCGACGUCAAGCGGGCUUCCGGGGAUUUUGGGGGGCUGAGCAGGGCCGAGCCGCUGGCGGUCUUCCGCCCGGAGUCUGCGGAGGACGUGACGAGGCUGGUCCGGGCGGCGUACGAGUCGGCGCACGGGUUCACGGUCUCGGCGAGGGGCCACGGGCACUCGAUCAACGGGCAGGCUCAGACCGCCAAUGGGGUGGUGAUAGAGAUGAGCAGCGGGAAAAGGGCGCCCCCGCCGUGGGUUUCGGAGAAGUCGAGGUUUGUGGACGCGUGGGGCGGGGAACUGUGGAUAGAUGUGUUGAAGUCGACGCUGGAGCAUGGACUGGCGCCCAAGUCGUGGACCGAUUACUUGUACCUCUCCGUCGGCGGCACCCUCUCGAACGCUGGAAUCAGCGGCCAGGCUUUCAAUCACGGCCCUCAGAUCAGCAAUGUGUAUGAGCUCGACGUCGUCACAGGCAAGGGGGAGCUGUUGACAUGUUCAGAGGAGCAAAACCCAGAGCUUUUUCAGGCUGUUCUUGGUGGUCUAGGCCAAUUUGGCAUCAUUACCAGAGCUAGAAUUGCUCUUGAGCCAGCUCCCCAGAGGGUGAGGUGGAUCCGGGUGCUGUACUCCAACUUCUCAGCUUUUACCCAGGACCAAGAGUAUCUCAUCUCGCUACAUGGACGGUCAGCCGCCCAAAAGUUCGACUAUGUCGAGGGUUUCGUGAUCGUUGAUGAAGGCCUCAUCAACAACUGGAGAUCCUCCUUCUUCUCCCCCGCCAACCCUGUCAAGAUCUCUUCUCUCGCUUCCAAUGGCGGCGGCGUCUUGUACUGCCUCGAAAUCACCAAGAACUACGACCCUUCCACUGCCCCCACCCUUGAUCAGGAGGUGGACGCCCUCAUGGGGAAGCUUAAUUUCAUUCCCGCGACAGUUUUCACGACGGAUCUGCCGUACGUGGACUUCUUGGACCGGGUUCACAAGGCGGAGUUGAAGCUCCGGUCCAAGGGGUUGUGGGAGGUGCCCCACCCGUGGCUCAACUUGUUCGUGCCUAAGUCGAGAAUUGCUGAUUUUGAUCGUGGAGUUUUUAAGGGUAUUUUGGGAAAUAAGACGAGCGGGCCCAUUCUUAUCUACCCGAUGAACAAGCACAAGUGGGAUCAGAGGAGUUCAACAGUAACACCGGACGAGGAUGAGGUGUUCUACCUAGUGGCAUUGCUAAGAUCAGCCUUGGACAAUGGAGGGGAGACACAUGCAUUGAAGUACUUGAGUGAUCAGAACCGUAAGAUCCUAAGGUUCUGCAACGAUGCCAAGAUUAACAUCAAGCAGUAUUUGCCUCAUUACACCACGCAGGAGGAAUGGAUGGACCACUUUGGUGAUAAAUGGGCCUUGUUCACCCAGAGAAAGAUCGAAUUCGAUCCGCGACGCAUCUUAGCCACUGGCCAACGCAUCUUCAAGCCCUCUUUCUCCCCAAACACGGCCUCUUGGUAGGCGUUAGGGCCUUAGCUUAGCUCUUCAUUAAUUAGUACUAGAAGUGAUGAAGAAAAUCACAUACUAACCUUGGGAUUGUUGUUUGUACAUAAAGGGUAAAAAGGGAAUUAGGUUAAGUAUUUUGGGGGCGAUUGGGGGACUGUUGGGGUUUUUAUACGUUGUGAUGGUGUGGAGGACGGCGGAUGAUUCUGACCGUCCGAUUAAUGUCAAUUUGCCACCUAAUAAAGAAUUACAGUUCCAUCGCC